UUCUACCAUGUAGACAAAUUCGGCUGUUAGAUUCUUCGUGUAUGAAAAAUACAAGAGAGGUAAGCAUGAGCUUUGUGGUGACAUUUCAUGAGAAUUUCCGUGACCGUUGCGCCAAACAUGUGGCAAAUCAAGGCUCUUCCAACGGAUUUGUAACCCUUAAAAUCUUGAAAUUCUUGUCAAAAGAAAGUGUGAGAAGAGAAGGAGAUGCCAAUUCCAAGGGUGAAACUGGGUAAUCAAGGAUUUGAGGUCUCAAAAUUAGGAUUUGGAUGUAUGGGCCUGACUGGAGCCUACAACUCUCCUCUCUCUGAUGAGGAUGGCAUUUCAAUAAUCAAGGAUGCCUUCAACAAAGGAAUCACUUUCUUUGAUACAGCUGAUGUAUAUGGAGGCAAUGCUAACGAGGUUCUGGUUGGAAAGGCCUUAAAGCAGCUCCCAAGGGAAAAAGUUCAAGUAGCUACAAAGUUCGGUUAUGUAAGAAUGCAACCUAUGUUAGUGAAAGGUACCCCAGAAUAUGUGCGCACCUGCUGUGAAGCUAGCUUGAAGUGUCUUGAUGUUGAAUAUAUUGACUUGUAUUAUCAGCAUUGUGUGGAUACAUCAGUACCUAUAGAGGACACUGUGGGGGAACUUAAGAAACUAGUGGAAGAGGGAAAAAUCAAAUACAUUGGAUUAUCUGAAGCCAGCCCAGACACAAUAAGGAGGGCACAUGCCGUUCAUCCCAUCACAGCCUUACAAAUGGAGUGGUCACUCUGGAGUCGUGAUAUUGAGGACGAGAUAAUUCCACUUUGCAGGGAGCUUGGCAUUGGAAUAGUUCCAUACUGUCCUCUUGGUCGUGGAUUUUUUGGUGGUAGGGGAGUUGUGGAAAGUUUGCCUGCAUACUUGGCUUUGCAUCCUCGUUUCCGAAGAGAGAACUUGGAGAAGAACAAAAACCUUUAUACUCGAAUAGAAAACCUUGCAAAUAAGCAUGGUUGUACUCCUGCUCAACUAGCACUAGCAUGGGUUCUCCAACAAGGGGAUGAUGUUGUACCUAUACCUGGGACAACUAAAAUUAAGAACCUGAAUGACGACAUUGGCACCUUUGCUUUGAAACUUACAAAAGAUGACUUGAAAGAAAUUUCUGAUGCUGUACCUGUUGAUGAGAUUGUGGGUUCUAGAACUUUUGAAAACGCGGGUCAUUUAUCAUGGAAGUAUGCAAAUACACCAGCAAAAGAUUGUGAGGUUUUGACCUAAUGGCUGCAGUCCUAUUUGUGGAUGCAGCAGUUUGGACUAUACAACACCUCUGAGCUUAAUCUGGUCUGUAGGGAAGAGAUCAAUGAAGAAGGAUCUUUGAAGGGACAAAGAAGACAACUUUGAGGCUAAAACACGUUGUUCCUUAUUACUUUAUUUGUGUUUUCUAGGGAUUUAAUAUCGAGAGGGGCUUCCCCUUUCUCAUUCCUUUGGGAAUUUUAUACAGCAGAGAGCAUGAGAAACCAGUCCACUGAUCAUCAGCUAUUGAAUUACCAAAACUUUCCCUACUCUGUUAUGUAAAUAUACCUCAGAAACAUGUAUAUUUUAAACUCAUUGGGCAUGACAGAGAGUAGCUACAUGCUCCCUCCCUCCAUUCA